GGUAGCUUUCGUAAACCGAGAGAGAAAAAGGAAAUAAAAAAAAAAGGUCUCGCACGGAACGAGAGAGGCGGAAGGCUGCAAUGCAAGGUGCCCGCCCUAGCUAGCGCGCCAGGAGCGCACACGCGCGCGUGCAUUUGGCCACUGGCGAGAUCCCUUCACGCCCCGGCGGCGAAUCGAUCAGGCCGGCCGCGCGAGCGAGCGAGCUGCCGCAUUUCCGGGGGUGCCGCGCGCCGAUCCAUGCAUGGCAUGAGCACGGCGGUGGUGGUAGAAGGGUUGCGCGCGCGGUGUGUGUGGAUCUGGGGGUGGCGGCAUGGCGCUGUUCCGCAAGUUCUUCUACCGGAAGCCGCCCGACGGGCUCCUCGAGAUCACCGAGCGUGUCUACGUAUUUGAUUCUUGUUUCACUACGGAUGUUUUCGAUGAUGAUAAAUAUCAAGACUAUAUUGGGGACAUUGUCUCACAACUUCGAAUCCACUUUUCUGAUGCCUCGUUUAUGGUGUUCAACUUUCGAGAGGGAGAUGGUCAAAGUUUGUUGGCAAAUAUCUUAUCGAACUAUGAUAUGAUUGUGAUGGAUUAUCCACGACAAUACGAGGGAUGCCCACUUGUUUCUAUUGAAAUAAUUCACCAUUUUUUAAGGUCGGGGGAGAGUUGGUUAUCUUUAGGUCAGCAAAAUGUCUUGAUAAUGCACUGUGAACGAGGUGGCUGGGCUGUGCUUGCAUUUAUGUUGGCAGGACUACUAUUAUAUAGAAAACAAUUCAUAGGUGAACAGAGGACAUUGGAGAUGAUCUAUAGGCAAGCACCUCGUGAGUUGAUUCAGUUGCUGUCACCAUUAAAUCCCAUGCCCUCUCAGAUACGAUACUUACAUUAUAUAUCUCGAAGGAAUGUGAGCUCACAGUGGCCACCAAGUGAUCGAGCACUUACAUUGGAUUGUGUAAUACUAAGAAAUAUUCCAGGCUUUAAUGGAGAGGGUGGAUGUAGACCAAUAUUCCGUAUUUAUGGAAAAGAUCCUCUACUUGCUACAAGCAACACUCCCAAGGUGCUUUUCUCAACACCAAAAAGGAGCAAAUAUGUUCGUCUCUACAAGAAGGUAGAUUGUGAAUUAAUUAAAAUAGACAUUCAUUGUCAUAUUCAAGGUGAUGUUGUCCUUGAAUGCAUUAGCCUUGAUGCGGAUCAAGAGCGGGAAGAGAUGAUGUUCAGAGUUAUGUUCAAUACAUCAUUUAUUAGAUCUAACAUUCUGAUGUUAAAUCGUGAUGAAAUUGACAUAUUAUGGGAUGCCAAAGACCUGUUCCCGAAGGAGUUUAGAGCUGAGGUUCUUCUUUCAGAAAUGGACACGGUAAAUCAAGUAGAUUCCAUGGAGGUGGGUAAUAUAGGAGAGAAAGAGGGACUCCCAGUUGAAGCAUUUGCAAAGGUUCAGGAGAUGUUUAGCAAUGUAGACUGGUUAGAUCCAACAGGAGAAGCUGCAGCCCAACUUUUUCAGCAACUUAUUUCAUCAGAAAACAUUCAGUUGAGAAAAGGUUUGUUAUCUCCAAAUAAGAAGGACUUAAGUAUUAUGAAAGAGGUAGGGCAAUUGAAUCUUGAUUUGAGAUCUCCAACCAACAAAGAAUCUGACAAUAUUAAGGACAAAUCAAGUAGUGUUCAACACUCAACUAUCUAUGUGAACAGACAAGAAAAUGAUGACAUGCAGGGGUUGAACCCACAAGAACCAACCACUGAUUUAGAUCCAGCCACGGUUUCUCAUUACAAAUCAAGGAUAUCUAGCAUUGAUAAAAUGAUAAGUUCUCUCGUCCACGAAGGGACAACCCAUGUAGUUGGCAUUGCUACGGACAUGCAAUCUCCAAUAUAUAACAAAAUUAUGAACUCUAGUAGACCAGUUCUGAAGGAUCAAAAUGGUAAGCUUGAUGAACAAUCUGGUUCAGUAAAGCGCUCUUCACCCACGAUGAUUAUGCCACACCGAUUUCCAGUUUCUAGGUCAAGUUCUCUUGUUUUUAGUAACUCUAGUCCUAGAUCACUUUCAGCCUACCCAAGAUUUCACAGUGCACCUUCAGCCCUUGGAAUUACAACUCUUUUGGAAGACCAUGUUUUAUUUGGAGAGAAUGAGAAGCAUAUGAAAGUUCCUUGUGUUGUGGUCAAAAUUCCAUCAAAACAAUCAACACAACAACAUCCUAUAAAAGUUACUCAUGUUCUACCAAAGUGUACACAAUCACCACCCCCGCCGCCGCUACCACCUCCACUGGCUCCAGUAGUGCUAGUACCGCUUGAUGCUAUUAUGAUGUCUCAGGCAAAAGACCUUCCAUCAUUUCCAUCCCCAUCUCCUACUUCGCAUAAACAAUCCACAUUGCAGUUGCAACAAACUAUUCAAUCCAAAAAUCAUCAGCAAUCCUCAAGUAACAAUGCACAAGAGCCAUCACAAAUUUUUCCUGCUCCCCCUCCACCUCCAUUGCCUACUCCAUCGUCAACUUCACAUUCCACUAGUAGUAAUUGUCUCCUUGUCGAUUCCAUGCUUUCCACAUCAACAACUUUGUUGAAACCUCCAAUACCGCCACCACCACCCCAAUCUCCAUCCACUCCGAGUUGCUCUCCUAUUAGAUUACUUGUAUCACCUCCACCUCCUCCUUUUGUUUCUACUUCACCGCUUAUUAAAAUUCUAGGACCUCCACCACCACCUCCUGCACCUGCACCCAACUCCCCUCCUAGUAGACUUUCACCUCCCCCUCCUCCACCCCCACUACUUGCUUCCACUUCAUCUCAUGUCCGACCUGCUGCAACAUUGCCAUGUCGAUCUCAUGCUUCAACUUCAUUUCCUUUGCAACUAGUUGCACCACCACCACCACCACCUCCACAAACAUUAUCUACUAUUGCGUGUUUAGCAAUAGCGAUGCCCCCACUUCCUAGGGCUACCUCUGCACCAUCCCCCCCACCACCACCACCAUGUAGUUCAGUAAAACAAUUGUCAAAUUCGAUGGGAAACUCAUUUGCUCCACCACCACCUCUUCCUUCAAGUUUCUCAAAGGACAACAAAGGACCUUCUUGCAAUGUUGUACCUCCGCCAGCACCUCCUGGUGCUAAUUCUACAUUGCCUGGUAUAAGGGGGCGUGGACCUACACCACCUUCUGGUCCAAUGUCUAGAAGCCUUCAGUCUGGUCAGGUUGCAUCUAGAAGGUCUAAUCUGAAGCCCCUACAUUGGGUGAAAGUAACAAGAGCAAUGCAUGGCAGUCUCUGGGAGGAGGCACAAAAAACCGACGAAGCUUCAAAAGCUCCAGUGUUCGACAUGUCAGAACUUGAAAAUCUCUUCUCCGCCGUGCUACCAAGUUCAGAUGGGAAGCGUUCAGAUAAGUCAGGAAGUCGUGCAUCUGGGUCCAAACCAGAAAAGAUUCACCUUAUUGAUCUUCGUCGUGCUAAUAAUUGUGGAAUCAUGCUAACAAAAGUCAAAAUGCCCCUGUCUGAUCUGAUGAGUGCAAUUCUUACUUUGGAUGAUACUAUCCUAGAUGCCGAUCAAGUUGAAAACCUCAUUAAGUUCACUCCAACUAAAGAGGAAACUGAACUUCUAAAGGGUUAUAAAGGAGAUAAGCAAGUACUUGGAGAAUGUGAACAGUUCUUCAUGGAGCUUAUGAAAUUACCUCGUGUGGAUUCUAAACUGAGAGUUUUCUUAUUUAAGAUUCAAUUCCGUUCUCAGGUUUCUGACCUUAAGAGGAGCCUGAACAUUGUUAACUCUUCUGCAGAAGAGAUAAGGGGUUCAGUUAAGCUGAAAAGGAUUAUGCAAACAAUUCUUUCAUUGGGAAAUGCAUUAAACCAAGGAACUGCUAGAGGUUCUGCUGUUGGGUUUAGGUUGGAUAGCUUACUCAAACUAAGUGACACUCGUGCACGUAACAAUAAGAUGACUUUAAUGCAUUAUUUAUCAAAGGUACUUUGCGAGAAACUUCCAGAACUUAUUGAUUUUCCUAAAGAUUUGGCUAGCUUGGAUUUGGCUUCAAAGAUACAAUUAAAGUCAUUAGCAGAGGAAAUGCAGGCCAUAAACAAAGGACUCGAAAAGGUGGAGCAAGAACUAACUACAUCAGAAAAUGAUGGCCCUGUGUCAGACAUAUUUCGCAGGACACUGAAGGAUUUUCUAAGUGGUGCUGAAGCUGACGUUAGAGCCUUGACUUCACUAUAUUCUAAUGUGGGAAGAAACGCAGAUGCAUUAGCACUUUAUUUUGGAGAAGACCCAGCACGUUGCCCAUUUGAGCAAGUGGUCAUAACACUCCAAAACUUUGUGAGAUUGUUCGCACGUUCCCAUGAUGAGAAUUGCAAGCAAUUGGAUCUAGAAAAGAAGAAAGCACAUAAGGAAGCAGAAGCAGAGAAAACCAAGAAGGAACCUGAAAGGGCACAAAAGGAAGCAGGAGCAAAGACAACUAAGGACCAAGAAAAUGAGAAAACUAAGCACAGCAAUUCAAUCAAAGAGUUGGGUAUCUCACUCCAGUCACCAGCUCAAACUGCCAGUGCCAAAUGAUAACUCUUAACAGAUGAACCAAUCAAGACUAGCUUUUCCUCUCUCACCCCUCCCUCAUUCCCUCAGAUGAAAAUGUACAUGAUAGAUUGCACUGGGUUUUCUUGCCAAUGGAUUGAGGCAGCUGCAACAAGAAAGUCACAGAAUGAAUGGAUAUUAUGUAGCAGAAGAAUUAGUACUGAGGAAAGGUUACUGGAGACAAACUGUACAGUUCUAACUUAAUUAUAGUAAUGAUCAGAAGCAUCCUUGCAAUUAUGUUUAUUUUGUUCCAUCACAUCUAGGUAAUAUUCAUUCUAACAUAAAAUAAAAUUUAUCACUAGAAUCCUGUUUAGGUGAGUAGAUUUGUAGGUUUUGUUGUAAAAAGAAAUAAAUGAAGGCUUAUUGUAUUUCUUGUCUUCUCUUUGUUGGUUGGCCUACUAGUGCUUGUAAUGAUGGAACCUAGGAUUGUUUGGAGACAUGGUGUGGAUGCAAAUAUUUUAAAGAGUUAAGACAUUUUAAUUAGAUCUAGAAAACACACAUGAAAACGCAUCGAAGAUUUCUGUAGGAAUUAUAUUAUUUUGUUGUCAUUGGCCUAUUUUGCAUGUAGUAUCACAAUUAAGUUAUGCUUUAUAUAAUGGAUAUUUACAAGUUGUAAUUGUAAAUUU